GCAGCAGUGGGGAAAGAAAGAAAGGGGGCAGUGGCACUCAGUGCAUUAUCGACACUCACACACUCUGUCAGUCACACAGUCAGUGCGUCCAUUAUUUGUGUGUGUGUGUGUGUCUGUGUGAUGUUGACAAGCGCUCAUCCUUCAUCUCUAUGACUGACGGACUAGAAAGACAAAGCCAAGGACACAAGGAAGCCCAGUUUAAAAAAGAGGAAGCUUCUCAGUCAGUCUACUCCCUGUCACCCGCCCUGCUGCUGUCUAUGAGCCGCUCUGAGGUGCUGAGUUGGAUUUCCCAGCGUUCCUGACAGUAGCAGAAAGCCUGUGGAAGCAGCAGCAGCAGAAGACACCAUGUCCUCACCUUCCCUCCCCAUGGCCUCCCUCCCCUCCAGCCCGCUGGCCAUGGAGUACCUCAACGACUUUGAUCUCCUCAAGUUCGAAGUGAAACCCGACACGCCUCCGCUCUCCGCUCAGUGCACGUACCCCAAAUCUGGCCUCCCCCAUGACCCUUCCAGCUCGCCGUACGCCGGCCACCCUCCACAGGACUCCAGUUUGAGCUCCAGCCCUUACAACUCAUUGCCGCCCUCUCCGACGCUAAGCGACGCCCACCCUCCGCCUUCGGGCUCAUCCUCCCUGUCUUCGUCCUCCUCCUCCAUCUCCUUCCCGCUGUCCAUCUCCAACAGCUUUACGUCGGGCGUCAGCUCCGGUUCUCAGGGGAACGUAGACGGAAGCCCGGCACACAGUGGGGCUCAGGGCCCCACUCCGGCCUCACUGGAGGAUCUCAUCUGGUUUGCGGCGCUGCAGCAACAGUUUGGAGGAGAAGUCACGGGGCCCGCUACACUGCUGGGCGCGCUGGGGGGGAGUGGCGACAGAGAGAGGGCGCCAGUCAACAGUUUCCUGGGCUGUGAGGACGCCGUGGAGGCGUUGCUGAACUCGGCUGCUGCCGCCGUCACCUCUCAGUUUCCAGGUCUUUCUCAGAGCUCCAACAGCAAUCUGGGCGACUCGGGCAGCGACAGCGGCGCCGACGUGUCCUGCGCCAAGGGGACAGACAUGUGUCAUCGCCCGCUCGUCUUUCUAUCCUCAAACACCCCCUCACUGCCCAACGCCACCGCCACCUCUGCUCCCUAUCCGCAACCACUCAGCCCUCAGGGCCGCCUCGUCCCCCACCAGCAUCACCACCAUCAUCAGCACCAUCUUCACCACCCCAUGCAUGGCGGCCAUCACCAUCAUCAUCACCCACAAGUCAGUCAGUGUGGCGUGAACGAGCGCUUCUCCGACGAGCAGCUGGUGAGCCUGUCGGUCCGCGAGCUCAACCGCCACCUGCGGGGCGUCAGCAAAGACGAGGUGGUGCGCCUGAAGCAGAAGCGACGCACCCUCAAGAACCGCGGCUACGCCCAAUCCUGCCGCUACAAGCGCUUGCAGCAUCGUCAUGCCCUGGAAUCGGAAAAGCAUGUGCUCACGCAACAGCUGGAACAGCUACAGUGUGAGCUGACUCGGGUACUGAGGGAGAGAGAUGCCUACAAGGCUCGGUACGAGAAGCUCCUCGGCAACAACCACGGCGCCGGCGAGGCCCGGACAGGCCGCGGCGGCAGCCCGCCUUCGCCACCAUCCGACUUCUUCCUCUGAGUGGAAAAAACAUGUGAUGAGAGCAAAAUGGACUGUUGGUUUUAGUUGGGCUGAACUCAGCUCUAGGCUGCUUUUUGGACUACACUGUGAAUGAUCGUUGCACUUGCUCGGAAAGGGGGUUGGGGGGGGGGGGGAGAUACACUAUAUGAGCAAAAGUCUUGGGACGCAACCGUUAAUCAAUCAGUGGUUCGGCUGGAUUGUAAUAUUGUAAUUAUGCACAUUAGCAAGACAUUUGAGACAAUUCUUCCAGCAUGACUGUUCCCCAUCAUUCUUCUGGAUAAAGAAAUUCACUCCAAAAACUCCAGAUUUUACACUUUUGUCCAUAUAGUGGCAUGUGAAAUGGUUUUAUUUUGUAUUAACACUGCUGAGCAUUUUCUCUAUGCAAUAAUAAUAAUAAUAAUAAUAGAGUCUCCAAAGACUGAGGCUGGAAAAAUGUAGUUAUUAUUUUUUUAAAUACUGUACAAGAGGCUGCUAAAAGCUGCAGAGAUGUGAGUAGUGCAGUGGUUUGGACGACAUAUAUACAGUACAUAUAUAUAUAUAUAUAUAUAUAUAUAUAUAUAUAUCCAUGGCAUCCAAGCUGUUGUUCGCCAGCUAAUAUUUCACAGUUGCCUACCAAAGUGUUCACAGCUCACCAGGACUUGUUAUUUCUUUUGUAAGAUGAAUCACGGCACGUUGAAGAAUGUACAAGGAUCAUGGCCAAUCUUCCAUGAAUAGUGGGUCAAUUGUGCUUGUUUUCAAGCAAAAAAAAAAAAAAGAUGUAUUUUGUGCUAGCUGGAAAUGGCACCUUUGAGUUCUGCUGUUUGCUUGUGGGUUUGAACAUACAAAGAACUGCUAGUUGAGGUGUGCUGUAAUCUAAAGGCGAGGGGAACCCCAUCACAGCAGAGUGUGCUUUGUGUGCUGGAGUCCACUUCUAAGCUAGUCCAAAAGCCUGAAUGUGGCACUGCUGUGGGCUACACCAUCAUCAUCAUCAUCAU